UUCUCUCCUUGACAGCUGCCGGGCAUCCCUUUAAAUGGGCAUCGAUCAGAACGGUGCAUGGCCAGACCGACACCGGGGUGGGGGCACGACUGCCGAGGGACACUCAUAAUCACGACCGUAACAGCAGACAACAAGCAGGGCUCGAUUCCGUCAGCUAAAACUGAAGACAGAACGCGACUGGACAGGACUGGACUGGAUUCAUUCCGUGUCUGCGGACUUGACACGCUAUCCUGACACCGCUCCUGCAGCCACAAACCAGGGCACAUCAAUAAGUGACAAAGCAGGACUUCAUUCAUACCCUAGGCAAGCACGGUCCCGUGUGUUCUGAAGAGGCGCUGGCAAUGCGGAACUCCAUGUUGACGUGCUGUUUUGUCCCCCCCCCUCCCUCAGGAGACGAGGAGCGCGGGCCCCCCAACAUGGAAGCCCCCCUGAAGAAGCACCUCUUCUUCUUCGACUUCGAUGAGACCAUCGUGAACGAGAACAGCGAUGACUCUGUGGUGCGCGCGGCUCCGGGACAGACGCUGCCCGCCUGGCUGCGGGACACGCAACGCGAGGGGCACUACACCGAGUACAUGGGGCGCGUGCUGACCUACAUGGGGGAGCAGGGCGUGAGGGAGGAAGGGUUCCGCGCCGUCAUCGAGAAGAUCCCAGCAUCCCCAGGGAUCAUGGGCCUCUUCCAGUUCCUGAAGGCCAAUCAGGACCUGUUUGAGAUGGUCCUGAUCUCUGACGCCAACUCCUACGUGAUCGAGACCUGGCUGUGCGCGGCUGGGCUGCGCCCGCUGUUCCGCUGCAUCCUCACCAACCCCGCCUCCUUCAACUCCCGCGGCUACCUCUCCCUGCAGCCCUGCCACUCGCACUCUUGCCCGCGCUGCCCCGCCAACAUGUGCAAACGCAAGCUCCUGGGGGAGUACCUGGAGCAGCGGGUGGAGGAGCGAGGCGGCCGCCCCUUCGACAGGCUCUUCUACGCGGGCGACGGGGCCAAUGAUUUCUGCCCCUCGGUGCUGCUGGGCCCCGCGGACACAGCCUUCCCCCGCCACGACUACCCCAUGCACCGGCUGGUCAAGGAGACACAGCAGAGCUCGCCCGCCACCUACAGAGCCAACGUGGUGCCCUGGCACAGCGGAGAUGACAUCCUGCACUACCUGAAGAAGCUGCUGGGCAGGUAACCGCGGCAACAAGCAAACCCCCCCCCCCUCCCAGAGUCAAGAACCGAGUCAUGCUCAAGAGAAACGCACAGGGAGUGAAACCAACACUGUGAUCUGAGAGACGGUGCUAUUGGGAGGGGGGGAAAUCAAGGCGUCCUUAUAAACACACAGCCUUCAUUUCUUUUACUCCAGCCCCUUUAUAAAAGAUUCCCCCACAGUAAAAUCACAGCAAAGUGCAGUAAAGCAUGGCGAGGCAUAGGGAAGCAUGGUAAAGCACAGAGAGGUGUGGUCAAGCAUAUUAAAAAGCACGAUAUGGUAAACACAUAGUAUAAAAAACUGCAAAUUUACUGUGGAAAACGGGAGAGACUCGCCUUGAAUGGGAAGCAGUCCUUUUUGUUUUAACCUGGGGGUUCUCAAAACCUCUUUUUUAUAGAAUAUGUAUUUGAACCUGUAACCUAGUACAACAUCAGAGUUAGAACAAACACACACUAUAUAGAGUUUUGGAAGCUGAACCAACAGCCUGGACCCCUGGGUUAAAUCAUCGUUGGUCUGCCUUACAGCUGUCUGUUGGGGGGUUAAUGAAGUUAGUGAACCUGAGUGGGGGGGGGGGGUGAUUUUAAAAGGUCCAAACAAACAUAAGCCAGUAACAAAUGCAAACGGUGCCAUUUAAACACUAUAGAAAUGUUUUUAAAAACUGUAAUAUGGUACAGGGUGCUGUGCGAUACAACGUGAUACCCACUCCACUAGUGAGAGGCCACAGUGGAUUUGCAACAAGUGGGUUUCCUGGCCUCUCUGAGGCAGAGUGGGUGAAAAUCCGCCUGUAUCUUACGCCACACCUUGUAUUAUAUUCUUCAUUGUAUAUAGUUAAAUAGGAACAAUGCAGUAUAGCUAAUUUUAAUGUUAUUUCCAUCUGAUGCAAAUAGAAUUUCAGAUGGCUGUAUCACAUGAAUAUCAGGGUCUGCUAUGUAUUACGAAGAAAUGGCAUUCUUCAAAGUGUUUAAAAGCUGGGAGCAUGGAAGCCUCUGUGUUCUUCCUCAUUUUAAGAAGCAUCUAUUAAUCGUAUUGGACUGUUACACACGUUCUUGCAAUGCCCGUCUUUCCCAAGGGAAGCUGGUUGAUUUAGAAGAGACAGCAGGCUCUCCUCAUGGGAUUGUGAAAUCUCAGAAUUCAGUGGAGAGGUCGGAGCCUGCCAGAGAGAGGAAGUCCUGGAGCUGACUGGUGGAGUCCCAAUUCAAAGCGGGUUGGAAGCCAAUGGAAACACACAGGACUGGUUUCAGACCGCUUUGGCAGGUGCAAACGAAGCAUAAUUGAACUGGGCUUCCGGAGUUGUAUAAUUUAGGAGCAGCUUUUACAUUUAAGUGAAUGUUUCCUCAGGGCUGUACUACACAAAAAUCACUACAGUCCUCGUUUUAUAGUCCUGAUCUACAGCGAUAAAUCAGGUGGGCAUUGCAAUUCAAGAUGAACAAAUAAUGGCACGCAUUAUAACAACCGCCCUCAGCGUGCGUCUCCAUGCAUGUCCUGAUGGUUACUAAGUGAACGUGCAUCUAAUAUAUUCUGCUGAUGCAUUGAAAACUUCCAACCUACCGUUUCAUGAUGAGAAAGCACUGCCUGAAUGCCAGCCUGUGUGAUGUGCGGGUCGUGUGUUGUAGUUUGGUCUGUUUGUACAAUUCUGUGUUUUUUAUAUUGAGGGGGGACACCUCUUUAUAUAUCGGGGACACACCUCUUUAUUCAUAUCAGCUCACUGAUAGCCUUCAGUAGGCUUACUAACCUAUACCUCCAUUACUGCUCAUGGUCAACAAUAAUAUAAUUAUUAAAAUAGUGACUUCAGUUUAUCAGUUAAUUUUCUUCUUUGUGUGUGUGUGUAUAUAUAUAUAUAUAUAUAUAUAUAUAUAUAUAUAUAUAUAUAUAUAUAAAUGUAUGUGUGUGCACAAGUGUUAGAACCCCCCAUUGCUUCUAUAGUUUUAAUUUGCUUGGCAUAUGAAAUCAAACUGCUGGAGCUGAAAAUCUUGAAAAAUUGUCAAAACAGACAAAUCAGUGAUGGUCUUAUUUAACUGAUGACUUUAAUAGGCCACACGUGUAAUUCAUUUAAAAUGUUAAGAGAAAAGGAACACAGAGCCGCACAUGGCAAGAUGCAUGAGACUUGUUGGAAGUUGUUUAAGAUGCCUGAUUAAAGCACAAAGUGGUCUAACAUUUUCA